AUGCCGACUGCACUGACCCAGCAGCCCACCUUGCCCCCGUACCACCUUGCCCCCUCUUCCGCUUCCACCUCUGAACAGAACACUCCCGCCGCCGACCCAAAGAAAAAGUCGGCUCCCAAGCGCAGACGGCCCCAAGACGCUACCAGCGACAGCGCAGAUUCCUCAUCCCAGCCCUCACGCACUCGCGAGGGGCCCAAGAAGAAAAAGGCCAACCGCGCGUGCUUCCACUGCCAGAAGGCACACCUCACUUGCGACGACUCACGACCCUGCCAACGAUGCGUAAAGCGCGGCAUGGCAGAUAACUGCACCGAAGGACACCGCAAAAAGGCAAAGUAUCUCUUGGACGAAGAGGAGCUCGCGCCUCCCGAACCGCAAUACGUGCCUUCAGACACGAUGUACUCCGCUUACGGCGGGACACCGUACGCUCUUGGAUCCGAGGGCGCGAACCUUGAAUACAGCAUCCUCUCCGCCAUCCUUGGCAAUUCACCCGACUCGACCGGUGCGCAGAACGCCGGUAGUCCUGCCGCCCCAUCAGCGACUGCGGCGUGGGCGGGCGAGACGGCGGCUGGGGCGGGCUCAGCUAUCGCCGUCGGCCCGCAGAACGGCGCGGUGGUAUAUCAGGCGGUGACGAAGCCGUAUGAUUAUACCGAAGGCUACCACUUUUUGAUGAAGCACCUCCCGACACGAUUCGACAAGAAUGAUAUACUGCGCAUCGUCCGCGCACUCGCGAUCUUUCGACCGUCGCUGAUCGCGCUGCAGAUGCCUCUCUCGGAGGAGGAUGAGGUGUUUGUAGAAAAGUGCUUCCAGCGUUCGCUCAUCGAGCUUGAUAAGCUGGUCUCGUUUAGCGGGACGCCUACCGUGGCGUGGCGGCGGACGGGGGAGAUCUGUCUCGUUGGACCGGAGUUUUGCAUGCUCACGGGCUGGGAGAAGGAAGAGCUGAUUGGGCGGAGGAAAUAUAUUUAUGAGUUGUUCGAGAAUCAGUCCGUCGUCGAGUAUUGGGAGAACUUUGCCAAUCACGCAUUCGAGAACACGACGCAGAGUGUGUACUCGCAUUGUGUUCUGCUAAAGCCUUCUGGUGCGCCCGUGCCGUGCACGUUUUGCUUCUCCAUCAGGAGGGAUAUCAUGGACCUCCCGAGCCUCGUCAUUGGACAAUGGCUGCCAUUGCUAUGA